CUGCUGAAGCUGGCUUUGGCAAAAGCCUGUUCCAAAGAUUGAGUAUACUUGGUCAUCACAGGCACCUCCUUGAUACGCAAUACCGGAUGCAUCCAAACAUAAGCAAUUUUCCCAAUGCCAAAUUUUAUCAGAACCGACUCAUUGAUUCACAACUUGUCAAGAGUGAAACUUAUGAAAAGUGUUAUAUACCCAGUCCUUUGUAUGGUUCCUAUUCUUUUAUGAAUAUUUCUUGCGGGAAAGAGGUUCUUUCUGAAAGUCACAGCUGGAAAAACAUGGAAGAGGUAGCUGUCUUGCUGAAAAUUCUGCAGUUGCUCUACAAAGCAUGUGAUGCAGCAAAACUGAAGGUUACCAUUGGAGUAAUCUCCCCAUACUCUGCUCAAGUGUCAGAGAUCCGACGGGAAAUUGGACAAAAGUAUGACAAUCAUGAAGACUUUCAGGUGCAUAUUAGGUCCAUUGAUGGGUUUCAAGGUGCGGAAGAAGACAUAAUAAUCAUCUCAACAGUAAGAUCCAAUCAAGAUGGAUCAAUUGGGUUCGCCUUCAGUCCUCAACGAAUUAAUGUUGCCCUGACAAGAGCGAGACACUGUCUGUGGAUUUUGGGGAAUGAGAAAACGCUGUCUAAUAGUGACUCUAUCUGGGAAGAACUCAUCCUUAAUGCUAAAGAUCGUCAGUGUUUCUUCAAUGCCGAUGAAGACAGGGAUUUGCAGACUGUUAUAAUGGAAGCGAAGAAAAAUAAAGAUAAACUUGAUGAUACACUUAAUUUGGAUAGUGCAUUUAUGAGCAGGGGCGGGUCAAGAAAAACCACAUGGAAGCCUCUUGAUGAAUUAAAGGGAAUCCAUGUGCCAACAACAAAGCUUAAAGAGCCUCAUUAUUUUCACAACGACGAUCAUUUUCGACGAAUAAGAGGUUGUGAUGGAAGAAAAUUGUACCCUCUAAAUGAUUAUGAUAUGGGCCAUCCUCCUGAAUACCAUAAAAUGGGUGAAAUUGACAGAUAUAGGCUUAAUGAAAUGCGUUAUGACUCCAAUGAGCACCUGGAAGGGCCUUACCGCUGGGAGGAGCAUGAACUUUCAUCUGACAGAAAUUCUAAUGACUCGCGUGAUUAUAACUCUUAUGAGAGCCUGGAAGGGUAUUAUGGCUGGGAGCAGCAUGAAGUUUCUUCUGGUAGUAUGUACGAUGACUCAAGUGAUUAUGACCCUACUGAAUGCCUGCAAGGAAAUCAUGGCUGGGAGAAUCACAGGGUUUCACCCAAGAGAAUGUGUAAUGAAUUGCGUGAUUAUGAUUGUAAUGAGCGCCUGAAAGGGCAUUAUGGCUGGGAAGAUCAGGGAUUUUCAUCUCAGACGAUGGGUAAUGACUCACGUGAUUAUGACUUUUAUGAAUGCCUGCAAGGACAUCGUGGCGGGAAGGAGCACAGAUUUCCAUCUGAGAAGAUGCUAGGGAAAACAGCUCAUGUGGAAAGGAGGCAAGACCGUGUAAAUGAUAGUGCUGAUCAUCUGUAUGAAUCAGACUUGAGGCAUCAUCUUAUAGAGAAAAGGUUGGGCAAGGACUUCAGCUCCAAUUAUAGUCAUGACAGCACCCAUGGCAACCAUAAUGAUUUUAAGUACUGGACUCCUCAAAGGGACUAUUUGCCUGCAGGUGGAAGUGCAAUUAGCUAUCGAUUUGGGAGAAAAACAGAAAAUCCACGACGAAAACUUAGAGCUUCACGUGAGCAGAUAUUAGGGGGAUCAACAUCUCUAGAAAGGAUUCAAUAUUCUAGAGCUCACAGUACUGAUCGCAGGCACUGGACUCCUAGAAAGGCCUCGUUUCUCUUAGAUGCACGUGAAAGCGUGUUAGGCAGUCAACUGCAGGGAACAAUAAUGGUUCCACGACUGGCAUCAUCUUAUAGUAAUACUGACAGAGGCAGUCAAGGGGGUGGAUGGUCUCCAGAACCACAAGGAAUGCUUGGAGAUGGAAAUAUAGUGUACAACGACCUUGAUUACGAGGGGAGAACUACAAGAGGUUUGCGCAUGAGAAGUGCUUCAAGACAGAUUAUGAAUGAGAAUAGUUCUAAAUCUGCUGUUCCCAAAAGUACUGCAAUACCCAAGAGAAGGAAGCGCGGGAGUUAUGAAGAGCAUGCCAGUGACCAAGCACUUCUUGGGAAAAGGAAACGUGCCAAACGGAAAGGAGUGCAACAGAAGGGCGAAGGGAGUACUUCUUUUGAAGGACCUAAGCCACUAAGUGAGAUUCUAAAGGGAAAAAGAAGUGGACGUGGCUUAUUAUGAGAAUGGCAUUACUCUAAGAACUAGUGAAGGCAAGAACUUUGAUCCUGGAGGUAUAUCGAAGGCCAAGCCAAAGACUCAGGUGACUAGAAAAAGAAAUAUAGGAGCCAUCUGGGGUCACUGUGUUGCUUUCUUAUUAAUGGACUGUCCUAUAUGAAGAUUUUGCUUGGCAGGUUGAAGUUCUAAAAGAAUGAAUGUGCCUAGAACUAUUUAUUAUUUCGUCUUUCUCUGUGAACUAUUAAAUU